CAGCAGUCGACAAUUUCAUUUCAAACGCGACGCACGGUUUAAGCGGAUGAACAAGGGCAUAACAAAAAAUUAACGGCUAAAAUACAUAAGUCCAACAACAACUGACGCUGCGAAUGUAGGAAGCGUUUGUGACCGAAAACGAAAAGCGAAAUAAAAAUACCAAAAGAGGCAAAGAAAUUGGCGAACAUAGCGAAAUUGCAAUUUCUGUAAGUGUGAGAGAGUGUGUGUUUGUAGCUGAAGCUGUAUUUGUGUUUGUGUGCAGCUGCUGCCCGAGUCAAAGGUCAAAAUUCGUAUGAAAAUGAAGCAAGCUAACCUAAAUGGAAUGCCAACGUCGGCCGUCACUGUCUUCAAUGUCAUGUCAUCCAAGCAGUUCUCUAAGGCUAGUCGUGCAACACAUUCAACAGCGACAGCAACAGCAACAGCAGCUUCUGCUUCUGCUCGUGCCACUGGACCUCUCUUUACGCUAAUUUUGCUGGCCACCAUCUUGUGUUGCAUCAGCAACUUUGGACUUGUCGAAGGUCUGAAGUGCCACAUGUGCGGACAGUACAAUGAAGGCGUAGGUUCCAUUACCCCAUGUACAAACUAUUCCAAGGAGAUUGAGCAUCUUUAUCUCAAGGAAUGCACCAAGAGAACUGAGAAGUUUUGUGUGAAAUAUGUGAGUGAAUUGUCAACAGUGCGGGAUUGUGCAACUGAAUGCGUUGAGAAGGAAAUUUGGGAAACUCAAACAUAUUGUUGCACAGAGGAUGGCUGCAAUUCUGGUGGACACUUAAAGUAUUCUAUCUUGCUAUUGGUCUUCCCAUUGCUUAACUUACUUGGCAACUUCUAAGCCUUUCGAUCAAAAACAAAAUUCUUAGUUAAAUUCACAUUUUGUUAAUUUGAUAUAGACGCAUAUUAGAAAUUAUCUUUUUUCAAAAAAGAUUUUCUGUAAACGGGACCUAAAGAAGCAAAAAGUAUUAACAAAUAAUUAUUUAAAUAUUAAUUUUAAUCAACAAAGCAGUAAUACUUUUGCGCAAGUAACUCAAUGUGUUUGUAUUAAUUUCAAAGUCUUCCCAAAUGCAAAACUAUAAUGGUAUAGAUACCAUUUUAAUAUUUAAAUCAUAAGCAAGAUACAACAAAAUUAUACCAAUUAUACAAUGGGCCCUCAAUUGAAUGUGGAGCUAUAAUAAGCUAACCAUAUACAAAGCUAAAAAUUGAAAAUUUUACUAAGUAUACCAAACAAAACUCUAAAGCAAUGUUUAUUUUAUUAUUAAAUGCUACAAAAUUAAUAAUAAUAUAAAACCGAUUAUCCUGUUAAGAUAUGAAUACAUAAACUUAACUGCUAUUGAGAAUAGUUGCUAUUAUAAAGCUACUAGUAUUAUACCAAUUAGUUUUUUCAACUAUAAAAAUUGUGUAGUAAUGAAGUUGAAAAUUAGGGUUUGAACAAUAGAAAUAGAUAAUGUUAAUCAUAGCAAAUAUUGCAUUAAUUCGUAUGUGCUAAUUUCUGAGUGCUUUUUGAAAUGGAAAAGCUUUGAGCCGAUAUUUGUAACAGAAGAAUGAAAGCACUAUUUAAUAUACCGUUACUAUAUUAUUUAAUGAAAUUAAUAAAUUAACCCCGCUCAGCGAUUUUUUCGAUAAUUCAAGCAAUUUACUUUAAUAGACGGACCUAGUCCUUAAAACUACCUUCGUUGCCAACUGUAUUUAGUAAACUCUGCUAAGAAGCAUCAAAUUUACAAAACAAGCAGAAAAACGUUAACUUAUGCGUUCAAAAUAUAUGGGCGAAGUGUUUGGUACAUUUUCAACGUCAGUUCGACUCGCAAUUCACAACACAUCGUUCACGUUAAAAACCAUAUUUACGUUUAUUUUUUCUGAAUUAUAAUCUGACAACUUUAUUUUAAAAACAAGAAAGAAAACUGUGAGAUACCCUCAUGAAAAUCGUUCCCGCUACCCAUAGGGUAAAAGUAUAAUAUAGUUUUGUGCCUCAAGGAAAUGUAUGGAACAGGCAGAAGAAGGCAUUUUCGACCCUAUAAAGUAUAUAUGUUUCUGAACAGCGUCAACAGCCGAGACGAUAUAGUCAUGUCCGUUCGUCCGUCUGUCUGUCCGUAUGAAACACUGGAUCUCAGAGACUAUAAGAGAUAGAGCUAUAUUUAUUUUUCGACAGCAUUUGUUAUGUUUAAACGCAGAUCAAGUUUGUUACAAAUUUUGCCACGCCCACUUCCGCUCCCGCAAGUACACAAAAAUCGAAUAAAAAGUGUAAUUAUAAAGCUUGAGCGAUAAUGGAACAUACAAUAAUAGCAAUAUUAUUAGUUAUUUCUGAAAAUUUAGUUACGAAGAGAUAAACUUUGUCGAAGUUAUUUAAGAAAUACUAUUGUAUUGGAAAAACUCUUACUUGCUUUGACUGACAAUCUGGUAUAUUUUGGUAUUUAAAUGGUAUAUUAGGAAUGUGGUACUAUGUCAAUAUACCAAAUAUAGCCUCAGAUAUGUUUUUAGUAUUUUGGAUAUAUUAAUUUUGUAUAUUUCAAAAUUAAUACUGUCUUGUUUUGAUUUUACUCACAAUAGCUAGCUGGUAUUUUACAGUCGAGCUCACUCGUAUA